AUGUCGAAUAUAUACGCUGCCCUGCACGUGUCGCCUAGGAAGAAGCGAGCUCCUGCUGAGCUCGACGACGACGACGUCCUUACACCCAAGAGACUACGAACCGCCCCGCCUCCGACGCCGCCAGCUACUGUGACGCGUCGAGAUACAGCAAUUAAGGAUGCCUCGUUCCCUCCUCCUCUGAUGCGCUUGUACAACAUUCAGACUGCGUUACAACAAGCGCUCUCGCAUGCUCUAGCAACCUGCGCUGUCGCACCAUCCGAAGACACCGGUGUUGUCCGCAAUGUCUUGAAUCAUAUGUCAUUAACCACCUAUUCCGGCUUCACCACAAAAUUCGAUGCGGACGAACUUAAACGGCUCUGCUGGUUGUGGGAAUGGGACGGAGAGCAACUGCCUUCAGCUAAAGAUGUGAAGGACAAUAGAGACAAGUCUCAAGUUGACGAUGAUAAUCCCUUUCUCGAUGAUCCACCUAAACGACCUGUCGCGUCGACUUCAAAGGAUUGGACCCGUGGUGCCAUGGGCUUCGUGAUUAGCCAGACUAGUCAUUUCUCAAAGUCGCUCAACAUGCGAGUGCCCGUGUACGGCGUCGGUAUUGAAGUCGAGAUGGAUAUCACGAAGGGCAUGGGCGGGGGAAUGGCGGCGGUCGCCCGAUGGACAGCCGCGAGCGAAACUCGCCGAAAGGAAGUGCGCGUCAAGCUGGAAAAGUGGGUCCAGCUGCAUUUCGGUGAAAUAUCUGUCCCAAAUAUUCCCUUGGCAGAUCUUCCUCCGCUGCCAUCUAACAAUAAACCUUCUACUCUGACUCGUUUACUCGCUUCAUCCUCCCCUAAGUCACCAUCUGCUGCAUCUAUUCUUGCUACACCUACAUCGUCUACGCGUUCCCCGUUCAAAUCUCCCACCAAGAAGGCGCAUGAUUUCGUCAUUCCAUUCCCUAUCACGCCUUCGAGCAAGGCAGGCACUCCUUCAAAGAACACGCUUAUAUUCCCACAAACUCCCUCCUCCCGACAUGGACGUAAGGAUUCCCUCACAAGUUUGCUCACACCCAGCAGUUCGCGGUCGCCUUCGCGCGCGAGCCUGCUCACACCCAGCAUCCCGUCAACUCCGACUCACCAGCGCGGUUCGGAUGCAUUGACCGCACCCCAGACGCCGACAAGCUCGCGUCGCCAAGCGCUGUAUGAGCGUGUUCGCCAACGCUCCCUCACGACCUCUCCUACGAAAGCGCUGGCCGUCGAGGGCGCGAGUGGGAAAAUGACGAAAGACCAGCUCUUGAAGCUGAGCCAAGAGGAAAUGCGCAGACGGUGUCUCCUGGGACGGCUUGGCGGCGUAGCGGAGAGCGUCUGGAUGCUAUUCUCUAAUCCUGGCGCUUCCACAUCUGCACCAACCACGCGCAAACGACGAGCGCUGCCUAUGUCGGAGGUCUCUGCUGCUGUGCUCAAGUCCUCGCCCGUCCCUAUCUCAUCCGCCGAGGCACAAGAAUCACUGCAACUUCUAGCCAAGUUGUGUCCGUUCUUUCUGCGGAAAUUGGACGUUGCUGGUGGAGAAUGGCUCGAAAUGCCCGCUCCUAACACGACUGCCGAAGUGGACGGAGUCGGGACGAGCAGUCCUUCCAAAAUACCCAGCAGUCCGGGCCGCAUCAAGAACAAGGAUGAGAGCGCAAAGGAGGUGCUCACGAGAAGCCCGCGUCGGGUCAAAAAGGAGGGAUGUGGUUUGAGGGAAGUGAGAGAAAAAAUCCGAAGGGAGUUGGAGAUGUCAGAAUGA